UCCUCUACACUGUUCAUUUUUUAAAUAUAAACCAGGUGGAAAUAUGGCAGAAAGAUAACUAGAGAUGGAGAAAAUAAAAGUGUUGAUUGUUGGGGCAACAGGUUACUUGGGAAAGAGGCUGGUGCAGGCGAGUUUAGCCAUUGGCCAUGAAACCUAUGUGCUCCACAGAGAAGAAAUUGGUGUGGAUAUUGAGAAAGUGCAAAUGCUGUUGGGAUUCAAAGAGCAAGGAGCCUUUCUGGUGCCGGGUUCUUUUAACGAUCACCGGAGUCUUGUUAACGCUGUGAAGUUAGUUGAUGUUGUCAUCUGUGCAAUUUCUGGUGUUCAUAUCCGGAGCCACCAUAUUCUCCUUCAGCUCAAACUUGUCGAUGCCAUCAAAGAAGCUGGAAACAUUAAGAGGUUCUUGCCGUCUGAAUUCGGGACUGAUCCAGCGAGAAUGAGGCAUGCAAUGGAACCUGGAAGAGUGACGUUUGAUGACAAAAUGGUAGUGAGAAGAGCCAUAGAAGAAGCCGGGAUUCCUUUUACGUAUGUUUCCGCCAAUUGCUUUGCUGGUUACUUUCUUGGUGGCCUCUGUCAACCUGGUAGGAUUCUUCCUUCUAAAGAUUCUGUUGUAUUGCUAGGAGACGGCAACACAAAAGCAAUAUACGUGGAUGAAGAUGAUAUAGCAAUGUACACAAUCAAAUCAAUAAACGACCCUCGAACCCUCAACAAGACUUUAUAUAUCAGGCCACCCAAAAACAUUUUAUCUCAAAGAGAAGUUGUGGAGACUUGGGAGAAGUUGAUUGGCAAAGAGUUGCAGAAGUCCUCCAUCUCCGAGGAAGCAUUUCUAGCUUCCCUACAAGGGCAAAAUUACUCGGAGCAAGUUGGAUUAACACAUUACUAUCAUGUAUGUUUCAAGGGUUGCCUUACGAAUUUCGAAAUAGGAAAGGAAGGAGUGGAAGCUUCUCAACUCUAUCCAGAAAUUGAGUAUACCACAGUGGAUCAAUACAUGCGUCGCUAUUUGUAAGGUGGCUGAAGCAAAUAAAAAGCUUCAUAUUUGCUAAAGUGUGGUUAAUUUGUGUGAUGUUAACAUAUAAAAUAUAUGCCAAAACUUUGAGUUGGCAUUAAUGUCUC